GGACAGUAAACAUUCCUGUUGCAACAAUCAAAGCUUAAGGAUUAACCCAGACCAGCGUUGAUUUUCCACUGUAUAUUGUGAAACGUUAAUAACAAAUAUCGCACAGCGAAAAGAUUUAAACGAAAUCAAAGAAUCAACUUUUAGUGUUUUACAAAAGUUUACAAACAUAAAACCAAAUAAAAGUGCAAAAAUGAAUAAAAACGUGAUUGUGUUCUUCACAAUUGUGGCCACCGCUAUUGCUUUGAGCAGUGCUGCACCCGCUAACGGUGACAAUGGCAAGUAUAAUGUUUCAGGUCGCAAUGAUGGCAAAUAUCAUCCAAUCGAUGAUGGCAAAUAUCGUCCCAGGUCAAAUGAUGAAGACCGAAAAGGUGGUUACAUCGAUGCCCAUGGUCGCUAUCAGCACACGCCGGUGCCAUAUGUACAUGUUUCAGACAAUCGUGAAUUGGGUAAAUAUGUACAUAUACCAAAUCCCUAUGAUGGCGGUUAUGGUCCAUACAGUGGCAGCAAUAUACCCUACAAUCAUGAUGCCCGUCCCUAUGUGCACGAUGACAAGCCUUAUGACCACAAUCUGUACACAAGUACCACAACGACCACCAAGAAACCCACAACAACUACUACUACCACCACCACAACUACCACUACAACAACGACCACACCACGCAGCAUUCUCUUCAAUUAUGACGAUGAAGGCCGCCACAAGAUUUUGCACCAGGAGAACGAACGCAAGGCAGAUAAAUACGAUCAUACUUUCUUAACUGAGAACGGUAUUUAUGGCGAGGAACAGGCCAAGCUUCAUCACACCGGUGGCACCCAUGCCAAAGGACGCUACGAAUACACCGGUGAUGAUGGCAAACUCUAUCGCAUCAACUACAAGAGCACCCACGAAGGUUUCGUGCCCGAGGGCGACCACAUCCCCACACCACCACCAAUUCCAGAGGCCAUUGCCCGUGCUCUCAAAUAUGUCGAUGAGAAACGCAAGGCCAACGGUGAGAAACCCUUGUUCGAUGAGCGUGGUUUCCGCAUUGACAACAUGAGCAAGGACAUGUUGAAGGAGAUCAAGGCCAUUCACAUUGAAGAAAUGCCCCGUGAAAUUGCCGAACAAAUCCACGAACUGCAACUGGAGAUGGAAGCUUUGUAUGGCAAUUUGGACGAUGAUGAAUCCUAUGAUUAUAACUAAAUCACCAUCCACUCCCUCCCAAAAUUCAUGGACCUUAUUUAUAACUAGUGUUAUAAGUGGUUUCAAGUAGAAGUUAACUCCCCAGUUAAAAUAUCCUUCAACCUCCCACAUUUGCACAAAUUUUAUAAAUAUGGACCACCAAUUGAUUUUAGUUUAUUUUAUUUAAAGGCCAUAUUUAGCCUUUGUUUGUUUUGUUAGAAAUGUUUAAGUUUUAAUUCAUCGCUGCCAUUUUUUAUCACUUCCCAUAUCCCAAGCUCCUCUCCCCCUCCCAUUUCCCCACAAAACAUCCAUUCCCAAUCCCCAAUCAUCCAAACACAAUUACGAAAUUAUUAAACAUAUGAACAAAACCCAUCCCAAAAACAAAACACGCUAUAAAAAUUAAGAAAUUCAUAUGUUGACAUCCUUUGUUUAGUUAUUAGUUAUUUAUGAAACAUGAAGAAAAAAACACACUUGUUAGUCCUUUUUUAAUUGAAUAUUUAUAACGAGUUUGCUAAUUUUUAUAAAAAAAAAUAAAAAAAACGAAAUGAAAUAAAAACUGAAA